AUGAUUCCUUCCAAAAUUAUUUCAAUUGCCACGACAUUAUAUUUGGCUUCACUAUUAUUUUCAGCUAUUUUAGUCAGUUCAGCUAAAAUCGAGUGUACCAAAAAUACUGCCAGUUUAGUUAAAAAAUUCAAUGUAAGGAAAGAUAGAUUUGUGGUUUUGCUUGAUCAUAAAAAAGGGUCAUCAGACCUUGCCCAACAUUUAAAAUUUUUUAAAGAAUGCUGGGGUAUGGAUUCUGAACCAGCUUUAAAUGGCAAAGUUUCAACCAAUAAACUUUCAAAAGAUAAACUAUCACACUUUUCUGUUGGUGUUCUUAGUGGUUAUAUUGGUUUUUUUAAUCUUCCACUUGCUAAACAAAUUAAAUUGUUGUUGCCUAACGUUAAGAUGGUUCAAAAGGAAUCGAAAGUUAAGGCGUUUGCUCCUAUAACAACAAUUACUCGAUUGACUAAAUUUUUCGACUUGGAUCUUUUAGAUCAAAGAGAUCGUAAUUUGGAUGGAAAAUUCCAUUUUCCUAGUCCAGCUGGUCAAGAUGUAGAUGCAUACGUGAUUGACACCGGUAUAAAUAAAAAUCAAACAGAAUUUGGUGAUCGUGUUAGCUUUGGUGCUGUUUUUUGCGCCCCAUGUUUGGCAAAAGAUGAUAAUGGCCAUGGCACCGCAGUAGCAAGUCUCAUUGGUGGUAAAAAUUUUGGUGUAGCGGAAAAAGUUAAUCUCAUAGCAGUUAAAGUACUUGAUGCAAACGGUUCUGGAACUACUGUAAAUGUUAUAUUAGGAAUGUUGUUUGUAUUAAAGGAAAAGUUAGAAAAAAAUAGAAAUGUAAUUGUUAAUAUGUCGCUUGGUGGUGGGAAGGAUCAAUUAAUAGACUUGGUAGUUAAAACUCUUACGGAUAAUGGUGUACAUGUCAUUGUAGCUGCUGGUAAUGAAGGACAAGAUGCUUGUAAUACCUCACCUGCAGGAGCACCAACAGCAAUUACAGCGGGUGCAACUGAAGAUACAAGUAUGUCAAUCACUAGUUUCUCAAAUUUUGGACCUUGCGUUGACAUUUUUGCUUCUGGUAGAAACGUUCCUGUUCUUUUCAAGGAUAGAUCUACAUUAUCUGGUACAAGUUUCUCAUCUCCAUUAACUGCCGGUGUUGUUGCUGUAAUAAUCAGUACUACUGGUAAUCUUAGUCCUGAAAAAAUGGCCGAAAAAGUACUUUUAAUGGGAAAAAGUGGGUCAGGAAAGACUUCAAUGCGUAGCAUUAUAUUUCAUAAUUAUGUUGCCAGAGAUACAAGACGUUUAGGAGCAACAAUUGAUGUUGAAAACUCUAGAGUAAGAUUUCUUGGUAAUUUAGUUUUAAAUCUUUGGGAUUGUGGUGGUCAAGAGGCAUUUAUGGAAAAUUAUUUUGCAACACAAAGAGAUCAUAUUUUUCGUAAUGUCGAAGUGUUAAUUUAUGUGUUCGAUGUAGAAUCUCGUGAAAUAGAACGUGACAUGCACUAUUAUCAAGAUUGUCUUGAAGCAAUAUUGGCAAAUUCUAAAGAUGCAAAAAUUUUUUGUUUAAUACAUAAGAUGGAUCUAGUACAAGAAGAGCUUAGACAUAAAAUUUUCACUGACAGAUUUAAUGAGCUUAAAACACGAUCAGAACCAUUAAAGAUCACCGCAUUUGGUACAUCAAUAUGGGAUGAAACACUUUACAAGGCCUGGUCUUCUAUUGUUCAUUCUUUAAUUCCGAAUAUAAAAUUAUUAGAAACACAUUUACAAAAUUUUGGAACUAUUUGUGAAGCAGAUGAAGUUGUAUUAUUUGAAAAGACUACAUUCUUGGUAAUUUCCCACUCGUCAAGAAUAAAUCAUCCAGAUUUGCAUAGAUUUGAAAAGAUCAGUAAUUAUAUGAAACAAUUUAAAUUAAGUUGUAGUAAAUCUUUAGCACAAUUUAAAAGUAUGGAAAUACGGCAAGCCAAUUUUGCAGCUUUUUUUGAUGUGUUAACAACUAAUACUUAUGUGAUGGUUAUUAUGUCUGAUCCAAGUGUUGAAUCUGCAGCAACGCAAAUGAAUAUAAGUGUAGCAAGAAAGCAUUUUGAAAAAUUGGAAUUAACGCAUAUGACGAGAUAA